AUGGAGUACUUCACUCGAAUGCUAACCCUCACAAACCAGAUGAAGAACUAUGGUGAUAGGAUAGAAGAUGCAAUGAUAGUGGACAAGAUUUUGAGAACCUUAACCCCAAGGUUUGAUCACAUUGUUGUUGCAAUUGAACAAGGAACAGACCUUGAGGGAAUGAAAGUAGAAGAGCUACAAGGGAUUCUUGAAGCACAAGAAAUAAGACUCAAUGAAAGAAAUUCAUUGAGAUCCUCAAACCAAGCUUUGCAGGCUCAAACUUACAAAGGGAAUUCUAGUGAUAAAGACAAAAACAAGAAAGGCAAGGGAAAUUGGAAGAAAGGGAAGAAUCAAAGUGAAGGAUUGAAUUCUGCACCUAAACAACAACAAAAUUCUAAAGACAACAAUAAAAAUUUUGGCCAUUUUGCAAGAGAGUGCAAAGACAAAAAGGUGCCAAGGAACGUUGAUGAAACUCAAUUGGCACAAGAUGAAGAUUCUAACUCUAAUAAUGUGUUGUUGAUGGCAACAACCAAUAUUAAAAAUAAGAAUGUGAACUUGUGGUAUUUGGACACGGGUUGUUCCAAUCAUAUGACCGGACACAAGGAGUGGUAUGUUUCCAUUGAUAAUAAGGUGAAGAGCAUAAUUAAAUUUGCAGAUAACAACUCUAUGAAUGCAAAAGGCAUUGGCAAAGUGAUCAUACAAAGGAAAGAUGGCCAGUAG